CAUACAAACACCUUCACCUACAAUCCAAUAAUGUCUUCAUCUUCUGAUCAAAACGAUCUCAAUUCAUCCUCUUCAUUGUCUAAACUUCCAUUACGAAAUAUUCCAGGCGAUUAUGGCUUGCCCUUCUUUGGUGCAAUAAAGGAUCGUCUUGAUUACUUCUACAAACAGGGGCGGGAGGAGUUCUUCAACGCUCGAAUGCACAAGUAUCAAUCCACCGUUUUCAGAGCCAACAUGCCUCCUGGUCCUUUCAUGGCUUCCAACCCUAAUGUCAUCGUCCUCCUCGACUCCAUCAGCUUUCCCAUCCUAUUCGACACCUCCAAAGUUGAAAAGAGAAACGUCCUUGACGGCACAUACAUGCCCUCCACCGCCUUCACUGGUGGUUAUCGAGUCUGUGCAUAUCUCGACCCUUCCGAAACCAACCACGCUCUUCUCAAGCGCUUGUUCAUGUCAGCACUUGCUGCUCGGCAUCAUAACUUCAUUCCCCUGUUUCGGAGCAGCUUGUCCGAGCUCUUCACCAGCCUCGAAGAUGAUAUUUCCAGCAAAGGCGAGGCAGACUUCAAUGACAUAUCUGAUAACAUGUCUUUCAACUUCGUGUUCAGACUGUUUUGUGAUAAAUAUCCUUCAGAGACUGCGCUCGGUUCACAAGGAUCCAGUAUUGUUACAAAAUGGUUGUUCUUCCAACUUGCACCUCUCAUUACACUUGGGUUGUCCUUGUUACCAAACUUUGUAGAAGAUCUACUUCUACACACCUUUCCCUUACCGUCAAUAUUCGUAAAAUCCGAUUAUAAGAAGCUUUACCGCGCUUUUUAUGCAUCUGCGUCCUCGAUAUUGGAUGAAGCUGAGAGCAUGGGAAUUAAGAGAGAGGAAGCUUGCCAUAACCUUGUGUUUCUUGCUGGCUUCAAUGCAUAUGGUGGCAUGAAGACUUUGUUUCCCUCUUUGAUCAAGUGGGUUGGCUCAGCAGGAGAGAAGCUACACCGCGAACUAGCUGAUGAAAUAAGGACCGUUGUUAAAGCGGAGGGAGGAGUGUCAUUCGCAGCUCUUGAGAAGAUGAGUUUGACCAAGUCAGUGGUAUAUGAGGCUCUGAGGAUUGAUCCUCCGGUUCCAUUCCAGUACGGAAAGGCCAAGGAGGAUAUGGUGAUCCACAGCCAUGAUGCUGCAUUUGAGAUCAAGAAAGGGGAGAUGAUAUUCGGAUAUCAGCCAUUUGCCACCAAGGAUCCUAAAGUUUUCGAGAAUCCUGAGGAGUUCAUGGGCAACAGGUUUAUGGGGGAGGGAGAGAGACUGCUCAAGUACGUGUAUUGGUCUAAUGGACGUGAGUCAGAUAAUCCGACGGUGGAAAAUAAACAGUGUGCAGGGAAGGAUCUGGUGCUGCUGCUCUCCAGGGUAAUGCUGGUGGAGUUCUUCCUCCGCUAUGACACGUUCGACAUUGAAUCCGGAACCUUGUUGUUGGGAUCAUCAGUGACGUUCAAGUCGAUAACCAAGGCCACAUACCCUUAGCUUAUGUUUGGUUCAAAAGCACAAAGGAAAGGAAAAAGAAAAAUUAUUUUUUA